GUGAAUGAAAGUGGCGACAUAUUCAUUCUGUCAACUGCCGACAUAUCAUAUUGUCAAUUCUUCACUCACCAUUUCCUUGGUAGCUUCUGCUCUCGGCAAGUUUCUUUGGAUUUCAGGAGGAGUUAUCAGAUGGGAAAGAAAAAGAUUCCCAUUACUUUCGUUGAAGAUCCAGUGAAACGCAAAAUUCAUUUCCAUAAGAGGGUCCAUGGAUUAUUCAAGAAACUUCAUGAACUAUCUGUUCUUUGCGGAGCUCCGAUGUGUUUGAUUGUUGAAGAUGAAAAUAAAAUUUCAUAUUGCUAUAAAACUGAUUCAGGAGGACAUGCCAAACUCAUUGCUGCUGAAUACGACAAGCUCAACGUAUCAGAUAAGGUGAAGGUUUAUGAUCCUGCAACAAGAACCUUUCAUAACAAGCUUAAAGUUGUCCGUGAAUUGGAAGACCAUGAUCAAGGGAUGAUUGCACUACAAAAUGCAACUGCUGAAGUAGCUACAGUUCUUGAUGGCACCGCGGAAGUACAACUGCAUGGUGAUAGUAAUCUUCAUUCUGCACAUCCAGGGAAUGAAGAUGAUUUCUCUGUGGAAUGGCUUGAAAAUUUUCUUUUGUCUGAAGAUGACGACAAGGAUGGACAUAAUCCCCCUGUUCCUACAUAACAAGCUUGAAGACCAAGGGAUAAUUGAGGAGUCUUUAUGUGCAGCUGCACUACAAAAUACAACUGUUGGAGCAGCUACAGUUCUUCAUGGCACCAAGGAAGUACAACAGUUUGGUGAUAGUAAUUUUAAUUCUGCACAUCCUUGGUGAUGACAAGGAUGGACAUAAUCCCUCUGCUCAUACAUGAGUUUCAGAAUUGUACUUCUUGAAUUCUUGCUACUGUAAACCCUUAUUAUUAAAUUGAGU